AUGGCGGAAGAGGGGCGGACACCUGACUACUGGUCGAUCUUAGCCCCCCUCUGCCUGCUGACCCUGCUGCUGCCACCCCUCAGUCCGGGGGCCCCCAUCUCCCCAGCUGAGCCCAUCAGUCAAGCCUACAGCCUGGCGCUGUACAUGCAGAAGAAUACUUCAGCACUGCUGCAGACGUACCUCCAGUACCAAGGCAGCCCCUUUAGUGACCCUGGCUUCUCAGCCCCUGAGCUCCAGCUCAGCAGCCUGCCUCCUGCUGCUGUCUCCUUCAAGACCUGGCAUGCCCUGGAUGAUGAGGAGCGUCUGAGCCGUGCCCAGGGGGCCUUCCUGGCCUUGACCCAGCAUCUCCAGCUCGUGGGGGAUGAUCAGAGCGACCUGAACCCUGGCAGUCCCAUCCUGCUGGCUCAGCUCGGGGCUGCAAGACUCAGGGCCCAAGGCCUACUGGGCAAUAUGGCUGCCAUCAUGACGGCCCUGGGCCUGCCCAUCCCCCCAGAAGAGGACACUCUUGGGCUUGUCCCCUUUGGGGCCUCUGCCUUCGAGAGGAAAUGUCGAGGCUAUGUAGUAACUCGAGAAUAUGGCCAUUGGACAGACCGAGCUGUGAGGGAUUUGGCUCUGCUCAAGGCCAAAUACCCUGGAUAG